AUGGUAUCAGUACCUUCCAGUUCACCUUCACAUACAGGAGCUACAGGUUCGGAUCAACCCGCUGAAUCACUUCCCAAAGCAAAAAUUGAUUCACCCACGGAGGAAGAAUUACCGCAAAAUGAGAAAAGCCCGAUACCAUCAACUACCGAUGUUGAACAGUUAAGUGAACAAGCACCAGGCAUGUUCAAAGUAUCUGCUGGAGAAGCUACGGAAGAGCUCUCAGAUAUCAGCGAAUUCGAUGGAACGAUAAGCAAAUCAAUCAAAUCCACUCGUCUUGCAACCAUAAUUUAUCAAAUCUCACCAUUCAUUCGCAAUAAGAAAGUUCGUUUAAUGCUAAUUGUUAAUUUCAUCUUAGCAGUUAUUAACAUGCUUUUAUUACUUGUACUUAUCACGCUUAUAAUCUGGAGCAUCAUUCUAAGCGCUCACAUAAGGAGUGCAACGGGAAUAAUGAAAUUUCCAUGUUUUUUUACUUAUCUUGAAUGGUCUGAUUGCUCAUCUACAUGUCGAGUUUCCGGACAGGAUUAUCCACAACGUUUUCGUAAAGUGAACAAAAGUUCCAUUAUACAAGCUCGAAAUGGUGGAAAACCAGAAUGUCCCUCGAAUUUGGUUGAUCAAGUUGAUAGUGCCCCAUGCAAUACUUACCUAUGUCCAACAAAUCUAUCGUCUUAUGGGUUCAGCGAACACUGUCAUUACAAUGAUGCAAAUCUACGAGCUAUAGGUGGAUGCUUUAAGAUUCGAGAUGUACCAUUAGACGAUCGACUUAUUCUUAUCGAUACAAACUUAACUGAAAAGUGUGAUUGUUCAAGUGCUGUUCACCUUUAA